UGUUUUACUGCAGAGCAAGAGGAGCACAUACACCGAGAGCCCCGAAAACAACCAUAUAAAACCUCGGAGCUGUGAGAAUAUAACAUCAUGGCUACACACGCUAGCUUGUGCUGUCGCUUAUUCGACAGACAUACCAGCUUAACACAUUUAAGAAAACUCCUCGUCCAGUGCGUAAGCGGUAAUACCCAGCGUCUGUAUUCAGGUGCUACGCACAAGGACAAUGAACUUGAACUUAGAGACUCGGCUUCAUCUGCUCCUAACUUCGCCUCAGCUCUCAAAACUAAGUCAAGACAGGUGAGGCUAAGAGAUGACAGCAUUCUACCCUUUUCAGCGUUUUUGACUGACAACUUUGGCCGGAGGCACAGCUACCUGCGCAUCUCCCUGACUGAGAAAUGCAACCUGCGCUGUCAGUACUGCAUGCCAGAGGAGGGGGUGAAGCUUACACCACGGGGCCAGCUGCUGUCCACCUCGGAGGUACUGACCCUGGCUCGUCUCUUCGUCCAGGAGGGGGUGGAGAAAAUCCGCCUCACUGGAGGAGAGCCCCUCAUCAGACCCGACGUGUUGGAUAUCAUCGCAGAACUGAGGAAGCUGGAGGGCCUGAAAACCAUUGCGAUGACAACCAACGGCAUGAACUUGGCCAGGCUUCUGCCCAAGCUGAAAGAAGCAGGCCUUGACCUGAUUAACAUCAGCCUGGAUUCACUGGUCCCUGCCAAAUUUGAAUUCAUCGUCAGGCGAAAAGGGUUCCACAAGGUCAUGGAGGGCAUUGAUAAGGCUAUCGAAAUGGGCUACAAUCCUGUCAAGGUUAACUGUGUGGUCAUGCGAGGCCUCAAUGAGGAUGAGCUGCUUGAUUUUGUGGCGCUGACAGAGAAGAAGCCUCUGGAGGUGCGUUUCAUCGAAUACAUGCCCUUUGAUGGCAACAAGUGGAACUUCAAGAAGAUGGUGAGUUAUCAGGAGAUGCUGGACCGCAUCAGGCAGCAGUGGCCCAAACUGGAAAUGCUUCAAUGUGGACACACAGAAACAGCCAAGACGUUUAAAGUGCCAGGCUUUAAAGGUCAGGUGGGCUUCAUCACCUCCAUGUCUGACCAUUUCUGUGGCUCCUGCAACCGCUUACGCAUCACUGCAGAUGGGAACCUCAAGGUAUGUUUAUUUGGGAACUCUGAGGUGUCUCUGAGAGAUGUCUUGCGCUCCGGGGCAUCAGAUGAAGAGCUACUGCAAAUCAUUGGAGCUGCUGUGGGCAGGAAGAAGAAACAACAUGCAGGCAUGUUUAGUAUCUCUCAGAUGAAGAACAGGCCGAUGAUCCUCAUUGGCACCACAUCCCAAAUGCCUUUGUCUCUGCCACAGUCACAAGACAGCCAGAGAGCUUUCCCCAUUGUUUCUCAUCUUACAAACAACACAUUCCUCUCUCCAGCAGCAGCUCCUCACACGUGUAGCUCAGGCAGCAGGAGAGUCCUGAAUACAGGUAGAGAGGGUUUUUUGUGCCUUCCAGACUGCACUGCUUUAACACAAGCAGGCCGUGUCUGCUGCUCCAGAACCUUAAAGAGUGGGGGUACCCAUGUUAGGUCACAUUUCAACAAAGAGAAACUUAAUACGAUGGACUGCCUCCACAGUGCAGCACCCCUUCGCUCAUCUGAGUUUAGUAAUGCUCUAACUUUCAUCAGUGGUCACACUAAGACUGCAAGUUUUAUUGUACGCACAAAUGUCAUGAGCUACAUUAAUACAGACUGUCUCAGGUACGCACAAGCCGGGGGUCCUAAUGCUUUGAAGAGCCACAUACUCGGGACCCCGGGAAAACCUAUUUUUUGCACACUACUAAUGAAUGCCAAAUUAAAUCUUAACCAACACAGUGUUAGACUGUGCCACAAUCAAAGUUCCAGCAAAGACCCCAGUGUCAAAGUCAGACAAUCUGUGAGGGAUCACGCACAGUCAGGCACAAACGUCUACAACACUGACCUUAAUGAAACAACCGAAGCCCAGCUGACACAUACAGACGCCCAGGGCCGAGCCGCCAUGGUGGAUGUCGGGGGGAACGCUCCCACACGUCGAACAGCCACAGCCCGUGCCACCGUCAUCUUGGGCCCCACCGCCUUCCGGCUGCUUCGGGAUAACCAGCUGGCUAAGGGUGACGCCUUGGCAGUGGCGCAGUUAUCUGGCAUCAUGGCUUCCAAGCAGACCUCAGCCCUCAUCCCGCUCUGCCACCCACUCCCCUUAGACCACGCCUCUGUCACCUUUGACCUUGAUGAGCUGCAGAACGCUGCAGUCAUUACAGCAACGUGCCGCACUACAGGCAGGACCGGAGUUGAGAUGGAGGCUUUGACAGCCGUAUCCGUCGCUGCGCUGACCAUCUAUGACAUGUGCAAGGCAGUGAGCCAUGACAUCAUCAUCACGGAUGUAAAACUGGUCAGUAAGACAGGCGGAAAGAGGGACUUUCAUCGUCACCCGUGACAUCCUCUCAUAACGUUGAAUCCAACCCUGGAAAACUAGGAAUUUAUGAAUUGUUAGCAUCAUGAAGACUGCACCAGAUUUUACCAGAAUUGUCAUAUUUUUCUACAAAACUAAACUUUAUGCCAUCAGAAGUAAUUUAAAAAGUGUUCUAAUCAUAUAAAAGAUACACUUUUGGUUACUGUUGACACGAUACUGGAAUUUCUAACUUCAACAGUACCUUGAAAAUAUCAAUAUUCGAUACCAUAAGAAGAAAAUUGGCAGUACUGUCAUAGAAUAUAAAUCUUUUAUUAACAAAUAAAUAUAACAGCACUUUAACAUGACAACAAUGACUUGUCUUGGGUGGUAGCAGAGAACAGCAGUAUGACUGUAGUAAAUAUUAACAGUUAUUAC